CCUCAACGUAAUCCACAACAGAUUGAGAGGAAAUCUGGUCAAAAUAACUUGGGAGUAUGUGAAACGCUAAUGCGAUUGUGUUAACUGAGACUGCCCCUCUAUAACUCACUCCAUAUAUAUAAUUUGUAAGUCAACACAAGACGUUAAUUAUCCUAAUAAACAGUACUGAUUAUGCGUCGACUGUGCUCAGUGCAGCAGAAGAUCCCAUGCGCUUUCCUAACGGAGGUGAGAGACGAACCGUCCAGAAAACGCGAAUGUCAGCAAUUUCAGGUGGUCGCCACUGAGAACGUGAACCCUGUAGCUCUUGCAUCAGAUAUUCACAGUGCAGUUGCAACUGAAAAGAUUGAUGGAACAUGCUGCUAUGUCACAACAUACAGAGGGGAACCAUAUCUCUGGGCCCGCUUGGAUCGGAAACCCACCAAGCAGGCGGACAAGAGAUUCAAAAAGUAUCAGUAUUCUCAGAAAACUUGUAAAGGUUUUGUGUGGAAUGUAGAGGAAGAUUUCCGAGAUGUGCCAGAGUCCUGGAUCGCUGCUCACAGAGUCCAGCAUGAGAACGGCCAUCCAGUGCCUGACGAACACGGACACAUCCCAGGGUGGGUUCCGGUUGACCAUAUCAACAAACAGUACUGCUGGCACGCCUCUGUGGUCAACUAUGAUGCUGGUGUUGCACUUGUCUUGAGGACGGACGAAAAAGAUGAAGGAUUGCUCAAAAUUGUCAGCGUUCCACUAGCAGAUCUCAUGGAGCAAACCCUAGAACUUAUCGGGACCAACGUUAAUGGAAAUCCAUAUGGUUUGGGAAGUAAGAAAUAUCCAGUCCAUGUUCUGGUGCCUCACGGAAUCCUACAGAUCCAAAACCCGCCUCAACUGGAAUACCAUCAGCUGUAUUCCUGGUUUCAGGAAUGCAGCGAGGGGCGAUUGGAAGGAAUUGUUUGGCACUGUAAUGAUGGGACACUGGUGAAGAUACACCGCCAUCACCUUGGUCUGAAGUGGCCUGUUGGUGACACCUUCCUGAACACCAGACCUGUGGUAGUCCAUGUAGAAAAAACAGAGUCUGAUCCUGAAGCAUCAGAGAAGGACUUGUUCAAUUCUUUCUCCCACAUAAAUGGACAACACUUCAGCUGCAUACAGAACAUCCAGUUUGAACACUGAAUUCCUAGAUGGAACUACCAGACAUUCCUACUUUGUUUUCACCUUUGUUUUUGAACCAGCGUGAAGUUUGAGGGCUUUUGCCAACCCUUAAUAUUGCCAAGAAUUUACAACUGCCUGUUGUGAUUCCCCAUUGAUACACUGUCAAUAAGCACUUGGUAUGACAGUAGUGUGAUGUAUAGUAAUGCUGUGGUUAUAUGCAAAAAAAGGAUAGUUCACCCAAAAAUGAAAAUUCUAUUAUUUAUUCGCCCUCAUGUUGUUCCAAUCUGUAUGAAUUUCUUUCAGACUUACUGUCACAUAAGUCAUGUUCUCACAUACAGCCUUUUAGAUGGUAGGUGUGAACAGCAUAUUUGGUACAUUUACCAGUAAAUGCAACCCAAAGGUUUUCCUGUAAUUGACCCGGUUGCAUCUGUGAACGGGGCUAUAGAUAGUCAGAUUGAGAGAGAGAACAAUUUAAAGCAGAUUAAAGGCCUUUCGUGGGUUUGUUUACAUUUCAAUUUUUGACAGUUGGAGUUUGAAUUAAUGAGCAUUCCGUUGGCCCAUUUGUACAUUCUGUCAGUGUAAGUCUCUGGGAUUUUUCCUGAUAUUUGAUAGUCCAAUCAGUUAGAAACGACAUGGGUGUUAGAUAUUUCGGUCUUGGUUUAGGAUAAAAAAAAAACACAAAAAAAAAAAAAAAACUCAGUUAAUAGAAAAAAAACACUGUUUUGGCAUUGUCAAACCAACAUAAUUACUGUGACAUUUAUAAAUUUAAAUUUACUUCUGUGGAACAUAAAUGGAGAUGUUAGGCAUUAUGUUAGUCUCAGUCACCAUUCACUGUCAUUGUAUGGAAAAAGGAUUGAAUGACAGUGAGCAGUCACUGAGACUAACAUACUGCCUAACAUCUUUUGUGUUCCAUGGAAUAAAGUCAUACAGGUUUGGAACAACAUAAGAGGAAGUACAUGAUGAUUAUUUUUGUGUUUACCCCUUUAAUACCUUGCACUUUUUCUUUCAAACAGUGUUGCUUUUUAAUUUUUUGAUUCCACUUUAUAUUAGUUGUCUUGACUUUAACUACUAUGUGCUAACAUUAAAAUACAUACAGUACAAUGUA